CUAUGAAGAAGCAAUUGUAUCUGAAGCACAUCAAUUGAAAAGAAGAAAUGACACGAGAACAGGAUGAAUCUGAAAUUGCAGAAACACGGGAGCCGAAUAAUUUUCCAAAAUUCCCAUUUUCGUGGCGGAACUGCCAAAAAGCUCUUUUGACACCACACUCUUUUUCACCCACAUACCCUGUUGAUCGGCUUGCCGCAAGAUGGAAUUCACGACCCGGUCUACGCCUGCCGCUUUACCCGUAAGACGUUCUUCUUCCAACCAUCCUAAAAGCGGUCGACCGCGCAAUUCGUCACAUACUCCUGCAAGGCACCAUUCUCGAGGCAAUGAAGAACGUUGCAUUCGCAUCAGUAAUCUCCAUCGAAAAACCGUUGCUCCUACCAUCUUUGAUGUUUUUGCCAAAUUUGGCACGGUCGAAAAAGUAGAAAUCAACAUGGAUGACAAUGACCAGCCAGAUGGCACAGCCUUUGUGCUGUUUGCUAAAGCGAUAUUGAAUCCGUCGCUCGUUCCAAGUCAACUUAGCAUUGAUGGUCGCCCGGUGAAGCUGGAGUUUGUGAGUGAAAAGGCUCUUCAAAAUAUCACCUGGCGAAACACUCCUCCCGGAAAACGAAGCCAGAUUCUCGUCCGACAAUUCUCAAUGGGGUCGCUCCUCGAACCUAAAAUAUUCAUUGAAGAAUGGUCCGCCACAGACGAUGCGGCUAUCGUGAUCAACUACGACAUGCGACAGAUUCAAAUUUUCUUUAAUCACUUGGAUACCCGAUACCGUUUGGAGUUCAAGUUCAAGGAUCUUCUUGGCGAUCCAAAGCUCGAACGUGACGAUGGAGCGACCUAUUUUACUGUCUGUUUGCGAAAUGCCUCUCGUGCUUGGCGACAAAAGAAAAGCUUGACAGUAAGCAAGUACAGCGUCUCCAACAACAGUCAGUGGGAGCGCGUGAUCGAUAUACCUUUGAAAGCUAAAGAGGGCGGAGCGACCAGUCAAUCACCGGAUCCCGCCAGCAAGCGCAAGCCAAUCAUGCCCAUUGCUCGAGAAGAUACGGUCAAUUUAGGCUCCUGGCUUGUUUACCGCAUUCUUUUCAGCACCUCCCCUCGAUACCAAGACACGCUGGAACGGUUAUUGGAUGAAGCAGCCGAAUAUAACCUGGUACCUCGCGAUGCACGCUUACAACAGAAAACGUUCAAGGUUAUCCUUGCAUCCUCACUGCCAAGACCCAAAACACACAUUGAACGUGCCAAACUUUUACCCUUUGAAGUCCUGUGGAAUCUUGAAAGUCUGAUCCUUGCCAAUUAUUUCAACGAAUACAACCUGGAUGACGACUUUUAUGACAUGAUUGUGAAAUUGGAUCCUGCUGUGAGCUGUGGUAUUCUCGAUCUGAUUGCAACUCAAAAGAAACGUGUGUGGCAUCCGACCUUGGCCUUUCAUGAAAUCUGGGAGAAAAUGGGUAUGAAGGUGCUUCAUCAAAAGAGAAUUCCUGGCUACUGUGCAAUGAUGCGAAAGUUUGUGGUCACCCCGUCAUCGAUCCAAAUUUUACCACCUACACUGGAAACCACCAACCGCGUUAUCCGACAUUUUCGAGAUCAUUCCGAGCGUUUUGCACGUGUGCAGUUUGUGGAUGAAGGAGGAAGUCGUGUCUCGGCAUCUCACGGUGGACUGAACAACGAAGUCAUCUACAAUCGUAUUUACAAAGUGCUGCAAAAUGGCAUCCAGAUUGGUUCUCGCCGAUAUGAUUUCCUCGCCAUGUCCAGCUCCCAGCUGCGCGAACAUGGCUGUUGGUUCUUUGCUCCCAGCAGGGAUCUCACUCCACCGAUGAUUCGUCAAUGGAUGGGCGUGUUCUCGCACGUAAAAAUUGUGGCGAAACAUGCGGUGCGAAUGGGCCAAGUAAUAUUUUGAUCAUUAUUCGUGAUGUACCUUGAAAUUGGUUAUAUGGGUUAAUAUGCCAUUUAUUUUUGAUCUAGUGUUUUUCGUCGACCCGCCCUAUUACGCGUCUGGAACC